CGCUUCAAAUACCUUAUUACAACUGUACUUUAGAGGUCUUGGAAGACUUUAGUAAAGGUCUUGGAAGACUUUAGAGAUUUGAAGUAUCCUCUUGAGUACUAGUACUAGUAGUAGUCCCACCAAACCACAUACCGGUAGUAACUCCGAUUUGAAGUCAUAUUAAUUUCAAGCCUACCCAAAACUUGAGUUGGAGUUGAUUGACCAAAAAUGAUGGCCCCCAGUGCAACCAACAACAACCCACAACCCACCAAUCGGUUUCGGUUGUUUGCUCGUCUCCCCAACGAAGUGCACACCAAAAUCUGUGUCUUUGAUCCCUUUAACAUUCCUUCCUUAAAGACCCUCUGUGUGGCGGUAGCCAGCAAACUAAAGGCUGCACCAGGGAUGAACUAUCAGCUGUUGGUGGAUAACAUGGCCGUGGUAGAGCACACAUCGGAGCUGAGAGAUGGAGAUACCGUGGUCCUGCAAGUCACUGCGCCGUCACCCCCUGUCAUUGUCGAAGAACAAGAUGUUCGUCCAAACUUUGAGACCAACAAUGACAAUGGCAUUUAUAUUGUAAGAGUCAAUUCCCAGCAACAAUCUACGCCUGCUUCUACCGAUACCACCGCCACCACAACUAUUAUCACCACCAAUGACAGCAAUGCUGCCAACCAGCAAACGACCAAUGACGACUCCCCACCAAAGUCUGACAAGGCUACCACCAAAGUAUCACCACAAUCUGACAACACACAGACAGCUGCCAAUCAUCAGACCAAUAGCAGCAACGAAAGCAACCAUAUGAUUGCAACUAGCAGUGGACUCUCUUUGACACAAGAACUAUCCAAGAGUCAGAGGAAAAACUCUGACGCUACGAGUGAUACCAGUGUCGAUAGCACCAAAUCCAUUGCCGAAGUGGCAGUCAAGGCGGCCGUCCGAGCGGCAGCCGCAGAGCUGGCGGGCAUGCCAGAUUGCAGCGACGAUGAAACCGAGUCGGAGGAGGAUGACACGGUCGAAUUGGUCAGUGUCAUGCCUACCACCACCAAAACGAACAAUAAUAGACGACGAUCCAAGCGAUUGAACAACAACAAGACCAAUGACAGUGACAAGGAGAAUGCUCCACCCAAGCGGCCCAAAAAGGUCAAUUUCGAGGGAGGUAAAAGCAAUCCACAAGAGCAAGACGAACCCACCAAACCACCACCCGCCAAGGAGGCAGUCAAGGAUACUCCUAAGAGCUUUGAGGUCAAUGAACGGUACUUUGUAUCGCACUUUGAUGGCAAUUACUACCCUGUGCGAAUCAUUGGAGCUGGCAGCUCCGAUGGCCGCCGCUGUGUCCAGUAUGAGGAAUCCACCAUUGCAAAGGAGUUCCCCAUUGGGGAAUUACUCCAAGAAACGGAGGAAAUAAAGAGUCAAUGGCUAUAUCGUAAAUCAUCAUCCUCCGCAUCGGUCUGCAGCGUUUCCAGCCGCAGCACCCGAUCCUCCGCCAAGUCACCCGCCCGCAUGAAGUACGGUCCCAACACCAACGUUACCCGAGCGAAGAAUUUGCACAAGGAACUCAAAAAGUAUGGGAUUGAAAAUUACAGUGGACGCUGGGUGGCGGAGCGGAACCGAAUCGUAUACUUUUGCAAAGACGACGAGACUCCGAAUCAUAUCAAGGAAAAGUUCCCUCGUGUGUCGAUUGGCAAAAUCCUCUACGACAAUCGAAUCUUAUGGGGGGAAAAGCUGCAGGCGAAUUCCAGAAUGCAGCCCAGAUCCCCCUUUGUCUUGCCACGAACAUGGCACGGAAGGAUGGUCGUGAACACGGCCAACACGGCCAAUCCCAACAUGAUCCAGUGGAAGCGCACACGCAACAGUAGCAACGAUUCAACGUGCUAAAUGCAAGCGAUUCUUUCUCCUUUGGCAACUCGAUUCCAUUCCAUUCCAAAUGCAAACAGCUAGCGUGGUGCUCUGUGGACUAGUAGUAUCCGUCUGGAUGCUCCCCAAGUUCUGCCAGCAACGCGAAUGGAUUGUCGGUCUCUAUUGAGCAACCAGAUGCUCGCUGCUGGUGAAAUUACUCUUCUCGUGUUCCGUCUUGGCAAAUCAUCAGGCUUUCUUCCCAUUGUGUUUCCGCUCUGUAUCGGUCUAUCAUGCUCUCAGUAUCUUCUUGGGUUGCACCGAUUUGUCUGAUCCUAUUGACACAAAUUGGGAUCCGAUACAACGCACAUUAUCUCUUAAUAGUAUUUAUAGAAGGAUUGAUUCAAUCUACCAUCAGCGU